GCGUGGGCUGAUGGCGGCCAUCGGUGUGCAUCUCGGCGCGAGCUGUGCCUGCGCCGCCGUCUACAAGGAUGGCCGCGCCGACGUGGUCGCCAACGACGCCGGGGACAGGGUGACGCCCGCGGUUGUUGCGUUCUCGGAGAGCGAGGAGGUUGUUGGCUUAGCAGCCAAGCAAAGUAGAAUAAGGAAUCUUUCAAACACUGUGGUGAAAGUAAAGCAGAUCCUUGGGCGAAGCUCUGGUGACCCACAGGCAGAGAAGUACAUUGCAGAAAGCAAAUGUUCAAUAGUUGAGAAGAAUGGAAAACUUCAGUAUGAAAUAGAUAAUAAACUCAUUAACCCAGAAGAUGUGGCAAAACUAAUUUUCAGUAAAAUGAAAGAAACUGCUCAGUCUGCUUUGGGUUCAGAUGUAAACGAUGUUGUUAUCACUGUACCAUUUGAUUUUGGAGAGAAUCAGAAAAAUGCCCUUGGGGAAGCAGCUGCAGCUGCUGGAUUCAAUGUUAUGAGAUUAAUUCAUGAACCGUCUGCAGCUCUCCUGGCUUAUGGAAUUGGCCAAGAUUCCCCCACUGGGAAAAGCAAUGUGUUGGUUUAUAAGCUUGGUGGAACAUCGCUUUCUAUCACAGUCAUAGAAGUAAACAGUGGAAUAUACCGUGUGCUUGCUACAAACACAGAUGAUAGCGUUGGUGGAGUUUGCUUCACAGAGGCUCUAGCACAACACUUGGCUUCUGAAUUUCAGAGGUCUUGUAAACAUGACAUUAGAGGAAAUCCCAGAGCUAUGAUGAAGUUAAUGAACAGCGCUGAUAUUGCAAAGCACUCGUUGUCGACCCUGGGAAGUGCAAACUGUUUUGUAGAUUCACUGUAUGAUGGAUUGGACUUUGAUUGUAACGUAUCCAGGGCCAGGUUUGAACUGAUCUGUUCUUCAUUGUUUAGUAAAUGUGUAGAAGCAAUUAAGAAACUCUUGCAGCAAGUUGGAUUUACAGCAGAUGAUAUUAAUAAGGUAGUUCUCUGUGGUGGGUCUGCUCGAAUCCCAAGGCUACAGCAGCUGAUCAAAGACAUUUUCCCAACUGUGGAAUUAUUGAAUUCAAUUCCUCCAGAUGAAGUUAUUCCCAUUGGUGCAGCCAUAGAGGCAGGAAUUCUGCUAGGGAAAGAGAAUCCUUUGUUAGAAGAAGAAACACUUAUUGAGUGCUCUGCCAAAGAUAUUCUUCUUAAGGGAGUAGACAAGUCAGGUGCUGACAGAUUCACAGUGCUGUUUCCAUCAGGGACACCGUUACCAGCCCGAAGGCAGCACACCCUGCAUGCUCCUGGAAACGCCUCUUCCAUCUGCCUCGAGCUAUACGAGUCCUUGGGCAAAAGUCCCACGAGUGAAGAAGAGAAAUUUGCACAGAUUGUACUCCAGGAUUUAGAUAAAAAGGAGGAUGGCCUACAUGAAUUACUAACUGUCCUCACUAUGAAAAGGGAUGGGUCCCUGCAUGUUACCUGCACGGAUCAAGAUACUGGGAAGUGUGAAAUCAUCACUGUUGAAGUGGCAUCAUAGUCUCUUUGGAAAGACGCUGUUUUUCUAAAUUGAUUUUUUUCUUGUUGGCUUUUUUUGCCAAAGUGGUGACUCUCUCUGAGGUAUCUUUAAUGUUUCUUAGAGGCUGUCAUGGUCUAAGCCCAGCUGACAGUGACCAAACAAUACAGUUGAUUACUCCUCCCCUCCUCAGCAAGAUGGGGAGUAGAAUGAAAAAGUAAAGUUUUGUGUCUUGAGAUAAGGACAAUCUAAGAGAACACACAAGGAGAGAACAAACAGCCAUAACGACAGCAAAGGAACACAGAAAAGGAGGGAUGCCCAGUGUAACUGCUCCUGAGGGUAAGAGACCAGCCUGGCAGCUGCCUCUAUAUACUGAGCAUGACCUCAGCAUCCUAUGGAAUAGCCUGGCUUCUAGGGAAAGUUGACCCUGUCCUUGCCAAACCCAGGACACUAUCCACCCUUUAUUCUAUACUGUCUACACCGUGCCCAGGUCAUACACAUUCUAAUUAUUUAUCAACAUUCUCCUGUCAUUAUGUUUAUAUGUACAUAAAGCUCACACACAGAUAUCAUUCCUUUAGUUCAUGGCCUAUCCCUCUAACCUGUCCAUUGGGUUAAUGUAGUCCAUGACUUCAGGGCCUCAUCUGUCAUAGCAGUCUUUCAAGUUUCCUGCUCAGAUGAUAUCAACCCUCUGCUUCAGCUUCUCUAGUCUCAGCUUUAGGUGCAUCUCCCUCAUCAGCUCACCCCUUUCUGAAGAGCACACUUAGGGCAAAGGGUUAUCAGAAAACACACGAGGCAGAACAGCAGAUUCACUUGUUGAAUCAGACCCACAAAUCCACCAGCUGUUGCUCAAAGUGCUUGUAUUAGAACUGGUUCUGGCACUCCAGUAUGUGAAUACAGCCUUUGCCAUGGGACAAAACCCUGGGUGUUUAUGACAAAGUGCCAUUUAUGGAGUGAAGGAACCUCCAGUGGGGUUACUUGGCUAUUCUCACCCAAAAUCAAAUCCCCCUGAGGUAGACAUUGAACUUCCUCAUCCUUCUGCAUCACCCACUGAUUUCGUACAAGUCCUUGAGCAAAAACGGUCCCAGGGAUGGCUUUGCCUUUGCCCUAGGCAGGAUUAACCCAAACUAUCUUCCCUAACAUAUGCUUCAUUUAUUUAGUGUUAGAAAAGACAGUUUGGGUUAAUAUUAGAAGAAUUCCAUUCUCUUCUGGAGAAUAUAAGACUCCCUUAGUGCAUGAGAAUGGGGAUAGAGACCUGUUGGGCAAGCUCAACACCCAAAAAUCUAAGGGGCCUGAUGGGAUGUACCCAGCAGUGCUGAGGGAGCUGACUGGUAUUAUUGCUAAACCACCCUCCAUCACUUUUGAACAAUCAUGGAGCAAAAGUGAGGUGCCUGAGGACUGGAGGAAGACCAAUGUCACUCCAAUCUUCAGCAAGGGCAAGAAGGAAGAUCCAGGAAACUACAGGCUGGUCAGCCUCACCUCCAUCCCCAGAAAGGUGAUGGAACAACUCAUCCUGGAUACCAUCUCUAAACACAAAAAUGAAGGGGAAAUCCAGCUUGACCAACCCAAUAGCCUAUGAUGGCAUGACUGUCUGGCUAGAUGAGGGGAGAGCAGCAGAUGUCGUCUACCUUGACACUGCCUCCCAUAACAUCCUCAUCAGAAAGCUCAGGCAGUGUGGCUUGGAUGAGUGGACAGUGAAGUGGAUUGAGAGCUGGCUGAAUGACAGAGCCCAGAGGGUGGUGAUCAAUGGCACAGAAUCGAGUUGACUCAGAAUAGGUUGACUCAAUCACAGAAGAGUAGAGGUUGGAAGAGACCUCCAGAGAUCAUAUCUAGUCCAACUCUCCUGCUAAAGCAGGUCCACCUAGAUCAGGCCACACAGGAGCUGCAGCCUUGUGGCCAGUGGGGUUCCACAGAAGUUGGUUCUGGGGCCAGUCUUGUUUAACAUCUUCAUCGACGACCUGCAUGAGGAGACAGAAUGUACCCUCAGCAAGUUGGCUGAUGACACCACACUGGGAGGACUGGCUGAUUCCCCAGAAGGCUGUGGUGCCAUUCAGCAGGAUCUCGACCAGCUUGAGAGUUGGGCAGAGAGGAACCUCAUGAGGUUCAACAAGGACAAAUGCAGAGUCCUGCAUCUGGGAAGCAACAACCCCAUGCACCAGUACAGGCUGGCAAAUGACCUGCUGGAGAGCAACUCUGCAGAGAGAGACUUGGGAGGACUAACCAUGAGCCUGCAGUGUGCCCUCAAGGCCAAGAAGGCCAAUGGCAUCCUGGGGUGCACCAAGAAGAGUAUAGCCAGCAGCUCGAGGGAGAUUCUGCUUUUCCUCUACUCUGCCCUGGUGAGGCCUCAUCUGGAGUCCUAUGUCCAGUUCUGGGCUCUCCAGCUCAACAGGGACAGGGAACUGCUGGAGAGAGUCCACCAAGAUGAUCAGGGGACUGGAACAUCUUCCUUAAGAGGAAAGGCUGCAGGAACUGGGGCUGUUUAGUCUGGAGAAGAGAUGACUGAGGGAGGAUCUAAUUUACAGAAGUAUUUAAAGGGUGUUUGUCAAGAGGAUGAGACACCACUUUUUUCUGUUGUUUCAAAUGACAGGACAAGGGGUAAGAGACACAAGCUGGAACACAAAAAGUUCCACUUAAACAUAAGGAAAAAUGAAUUUACUGUAAGGAUGAUGGAGCCCUGGCACAGGCUGUCCAGAGAGGGUGUGGAGUCUCCUCUAGAGGUUUUCAAAACAUGCCUGGAUGCAUUCCUGUGCAACCUGACCUAGGUGGUCCCCACAGUCAGAGGAGAAAGGACGGAGGAAUGCUAGACCAGAGACCACUCUGCUCUCUCCAGCUUUACUCUGGGCUUUGUGAUCAAAUGCUGAAGGCUCUGUAAACAGCUUUUGUACUUUCUGCCUGAAAAACCUUGUCUCCUUACAAAAAUAUUUUCUCUGAAUUUAUUUGGGCAGAAACCACUUUCCAGCUGAAAUAAAAGCCUAAUUUUGGCUGUCUCUAAGCCUA